CAAUCAUUGGGUCCUUGUUGAAUGUGGUAUUGUGGGCCAUUGGAGGGGUGAAUUUGUCCGUCGCAGUUAUGGCUAAAUUUACAGUUUGGUUAACGCGUUUCUUUCACUUGUUUUAUUUCACAUCCGCUGUUUUUGAGGAUCAGGUUGGGAAGUUUGACUGGAGACAACAAUAUGUAGGCAAGGUGCGCUUUGCGUAUUUCGAUGCCCAGUCCCAGGCGUCCAAAAAGUUGCUUGUUGCCACUGAGAUGAAUAUUAUCGCUUCCCUCAAUUCCAGGACAGGCGACCUCUUCUGGAGACAUGUGGACAAGGUAGGACCAGAAGGACACAUUGACACCUUGCUGGUCCAUGGACAGGAUGCGGUGGUGGUAGUUGGAAAUGGACGCUUGCUGCGUUCCUGGGAGUCCAACGUUGGGGGCCUGAACUGGGAGGUGGUGCUGGACACUGGCAGUUUUCAGGCUGCUGGUUUCAUUGGGAUGCAGGACACUGUGAAGUACAUUGCAGUUGUAAAGAAAACUGCUCUCUCCCUUCACUACCUCUCCAAUGGCCACCAGAAAUGGGUGGAGAACCUUCCUGAUGGCGAUACUGUGCAGUAUCAGGCAGUGUACUCUGGAGGCAACGGAGAGGUCUAUGUUCUUGGAGUUGUCCCGCAGUCUCACCUCACCAUCAUUGAAUACAACAUCGAGGAUGGAGAGAUCAUGAAACAGAGGUCUGUGGAAGCGCCAUGGUUGUCCAGCCUUCAGGCCAGCUGUGUCGUUGUAGGUGCCGGGAUCCUCACAUGUGUGGACCCUAGCACUCUGUCCCUUUACACACUUCCACUGCUGUCUGAGGAAUCUGCUGAGAUGAACCAGGUCCCUCUCCAGUCCCUGGAUCUGGAGGUGGCUCCGGGUUUCCAGCCAGUAUUGAUGUCCACCCAGCCCAACCCUGCUCGCCCUCCCCUGUCCCAGUUCUUCCUGAGGCUCGGGCCAGACCACCAUGUCCUGCUGGAGCUCAGCAAUGAAAUAAUUAAGCCUCUCAGGGACUUCCAGCCGGCUUUCCUAGUCUCUUUCGCAACAACCGGGGAGAAAACGGUGGCCGCCGUCAUGUCGCCUGUAAAUGACACUGCUUGCAGCAUCGGCCUGUUCUCAGCGGACUCUGGCCGGAGACUUCUGGACACGGCCGUGAUCUUUCACGUGGACCCCAACAGCGGGAAACCACAGAAGCUCUAUGUCCAUGCCUUCCUGAAGAAGGACGACUCUGUGGGCUACAGGGUUCUGGUGCAGAGUGAGGACCAUGCUCUCACCUUCAUCCAUCAGCCAGGUCGGGUGGUGUGGUCCCGGGAAGAGGCCCUGGCCGAGGUGGUUACCAUGGAAAUGGUGGACCUGCCACUCACAGGCACGCAGGCGGAGCUUGAGGGGGAGUUUGGAAAGAAAGCCGCCAUUCAAGACGGCCUGCUCCCCAUGGUGCUGAAGCGCCUGUCCUCCCAGCUCAUUCUGCUCCAGGCCUGGAUUGCACACCUGUGGAAGCUUUUCUACGACGCCCGCAAACCCCGCAGCCAGGUGAAGAACGAGGUCAGCAUCGAGAACCUGGCCCGCGACGAGUUCAACCUGCAGAAGAUGAUGGUGAUGGUGACCGCCUCUGGCAAGCUCUUCGGUAUUGACAGCAAGUCUGGGACUGUGCUGUGGAAGCACUACUUGCCCGACGUUCAGCCCAACGCUGCCUUCAAACUGAUGGUGCAGAGGACCACCGCCCACUUCCCACAUCCCCCACAAUGCACUCUGCUCAUCAAGGACAAGGACACUGGGCUGGGGACCCUCCACGUGUUUAAUCCCAUUUUUGGGAGGAAGAGCCACGUCACUCCCCCCGUCUUGGCACGGCCGGUUCUACAGUCCCUGCUACUGCCCCUCAUGGACCAAGACUAUGCCAAGGUCCUCCUGCUGAUUGACGAUCAGUACAAGGUGACGGCCUUCCCCUCCACGAAGAACGUGCUACAGCAGCUCCAGGAGGUGGCCGCCUCCAUAUUCUUCUACCUGGUGGACUCCAGCCAGGGCCGCUUGACUGGCUUCCGGCUCCGCAAGGACCUGUCCACAGAGCUGAUCUGGGAGGUUGUGAUCCCCCCGGAGGUGCAGAGAAUCGUGGCGGUGAAAGGGAAGAGAGCUAAUGAGCAUGUGCACUCCCAGGGGCGUGUGAUGGGGGACCGCAGCGUGCUGUAUAAGUACCUGAACCCCAACCUGCUGGCAGUGGUGACUGAGAGCACAGACACACACCAGGAGCGCAGCUUUGUGGGAACCUUUCUGGUAGACGGCGUGACGGGUCGCAUCAUCCAUGAGGCGGUGCAGAGGAAGGCCCGCGGGCCUGUCCACUGCGUGCACUCGGAGAACUGGGUUGUGUAUGUGUACUGGAACACCAAAGCUCGGAGGAAUGAGUUCUCCGUACUGGAGCUGUUUGAGGGGACCGAGCUCUACAACAGCACUGUGUUCAGCUCCCUGGACAGGCCCCAGCUGCCCCAGGUGCUGCAGCAGUCCUACAUAUUCCCCUCCUCCAUCAGCACCCUGGAGGCCACCUUGACCGAGAAGGGCAUAACCAGCCGGCACCUCCUUGUUGGGCUGCCUUCAGGGGCGAUACUCUCCCUGCCUAAGAUGAUCCUGGAUCCCCGCCGACCCGAGAUAGUGUCUGAGCAAAACCGCGAAGAGAAUCUUAUACCUUAUGCACCAGAAAUGCCAAUACGCUCUGAGUGGUUUAUCAACUACAAUCAGACUGUGUCAAGAGUGAGAGGAAUCUAUACUGCCCCCUCUGGCUUGGAGUCCACAUGCCUGGUGGUUGCGUAUGGUCUGGAUAUAUAUCAGACGCGGGUCUAUCCCUCCAAGCAGUUUGACGUGCUGAAGGAUGACUACGACUACGUCUUGAUCAGCAGUGUGUUGUUCGGCCUCUUCUUUGCCACCAUGAUCACCAAACGACUGGCGCAAGUGAAGUUGCUUAAUCGGGCCUGGCGGUAAGGUCCGCGGCCGCGGCCUGAUGACCCAGCCUCCACCCGCUGUGCAUGGAUGGCGCUCUGAUAGCCACCGGGCGGUGGACCCCAGCUAGACCGCCAGACGUGACCCCAUUUAGAUUUUUUGACCAGAGCCAUGUGGAGGGGAUCUCAGAAGUACACCAAAUGGCAUCAGAGACUGUGAAACGUGACUUUUUUUGUGCUGCUGUUUGGACAAUACACGAGGGAGCGCAAAGAAAAAGACUAUUUCAGCCCUGGUUUAAUUGACAUUGCUUUAUUUAGGUUUGUGUGUUUAGUUUUUGUUCGAGUCUGUCAUCGCUCCGUUCAUUGUCCAUUUAAUUGUGCUUAUCGAGGCAAGCUCACGCUCUGCAUAUCUGUUCUAAUAUGUGAAGCGAAUGAGUAAGCUGAAGAAUAUUUACAGAGGUCUAACCAUUUACACAAGUAUAAAGGGUGGAGUUCUGGUCAUGUUCGAAGGAGACGGACAUCUACAGAUUGAUACAAGAAAGCGAAUCAUGGGACAUUCUAGACCAGCCUAGUUUUGCAUUUUGAAAUUUUUUGUUAUUUUGUUAAAUUGUUUUCAUUUUUUUCUGUCUGUAUUUUGGCUGACUAGUAUUGUCACAUUCUGUUUGGGGUGCUAUUGGGGUUUGGUGGGAAUGGGGGUAAUCUGUUUCAGGAAACAAUUUAAAUGCAUAAAGAUACUUGAAGACCUAUUCUAUUACACACCAUUAAGACUUGUGCAGUACCAUUUUUAAUUACAUUGAAAUUACAUGUUUCCACAAUUUGAGAUUUAAAUGUAUUGGUUAAUUUUAUAGGUGUUGGUUUGAAAGGAUGAUUCAAAAUUAUUUUUUACAUAAACAAUGUAAUUUGUCUCCGAAGUCUUUGAAGCACUGGAUAUACAAGCCUUCUUUAAUUGGUUUAUUUAAAUUAGGUUUGGCUACAAAUAGUCUCUGUAUAGAAUAUUUAUUAUGUAAAAUAUUAUUUUGAUUAAGGAAGCUAGAAUAAAAAGGAAUUUGUAUACAAGCAAGUAUACUCCUUUUUAUGGAACUUCUAACUGAAAAUGAUACUUUGUUCCCUGUGCUUGAUUUUUUUUUUUUUUUUUUUUUGUUUGUUGAAGGAAAUGCUGUUCAGUCUUUAAAUCCACCCGCAUGUUCUGAUCCCCCGAAUGUUAAUAACUGAUAUGGGAAACCACGGCAGCAUUGUUACGUAAAAGAAAACCAGUAGGGGGAAUAUUGAGGGGUGUGGCAACGUUGAUUUUGUGAUUUAACUUGUUUUCUUAUUCUUAACAUAGCUGAAGAAAUGUAUAAAUUAAGCACAGAAUUACCAAACAUUUUUGUCUAGACAUAAAUUGGUUUAAAAAUACAUAAAGUUUAACACAUUUACCCUUGUUUUAAUUCAAUGGUUCUGAUGAAAAAUAAACAAUGCAAAAACAAAAAAA